AUAUUGAACGUCGAUAUUAAAUAUUUGUUUCCCGCUCAUGGAUAUGAUACUCAAGAUUAUAUAUCACCUCCAGAAAACGUACGAAUAGCGAUGUUACAGUAUGCUUGGUGGUAUUUUUUCGCAAAAAUUAUCGAACUUCUGGACACGGUAUUGUUUGUUUUGAGAAAGAAGCAAAGUCAGAUUACUUUUCUUCAUGUUUACCAUCAUACUUUAACGGUCAUCUCUUCGUGCUGUUAUUUGAAGUUCUUGCCCGGUAAACAAGGCGUCAUCAUAGGUUUUUUAAAUUCUGUGGUCCACGUCAUUAUGUACAGUUAUUAUUUUAUCGUGGCACUUGGCCCUAAGUACAUAACAUUUAAUUAAAUUAAAUAACAAAAUUAAUUGAAUUAAUUGAUUAGUUAGAAAUUAAAAUGCGUGAGUUAGCCGACUUACAAAGAUUUAAGAAGACAAUGAAGCCUAUAUCAUGCUUCCGUUAUCGAUUAAAAGUGGAACCAUUGUUUAGUCUUUAGUCAGUUACCCAAUGAAAGCUAUUGCAACGAAACAUUUUGAAAUAUGAAU